GUUUGCUCAUGGAAAAAACACACAACCCUCAAGAUUUCCCGGAAGCCCUUUGAGGCUCUCAAGUAUUAGUAUUUAUUAACAGAGCGAGGAGCCACACUCGGCCUAAAGGCAGCCAGAGAAACCGAGUUGGUCGAAAAAUUACACCCAAGUGUCGGUGUUUGUAUUUUAUCAAGGUAACGUUAAACAUAUAAACAUAUUUUGUAGCCCGUUAGCAAAGCGACUUCCUCUUGUGUCUAUGAGGAGCAGAUGCCACUUAAAGCGGAUUAUAACGCCACUUAAAACGCGUUAACAAGAUCUUGCCAAACUCUGUUAUUGGUUCUUCUUUCAGUUUGACAGCUUGGAAGCUGAUUAUGGUAAUUGAUACCAACUAGCAUGGAGCUGUACUGGUACAUAGUCGUCAUAAUAUUUAUUAUGAUUAAGAUCUUCUUCUACAUCUGCUGGUAUCGCUCAAGGCAAAGGCAGCUGGCUGCAUACCUCAGCAAUCCCCGAAACGCUCAGAUCGUCAUUGUUGGAGGACGAGCGUACCUUCACCAGGUCUGCGAGAGACAAAAUACAUCAAUCUGGCCUAGUUGGUAUGGAGUUCAGGACGACGGCUCGGUGGGUGAACCCUCCGCCUCUCUUCCGCCAUCAUCCUCGCUUUCUCAUCUGGACAUGCCUCCUCCAUAUGAGGCCGUGUCUGGAGCAAAUGACCUGAAGCCUCCACCGUACAGUGAGUACGCUCAAAACGACGAUACCGACGCAUCCCUGAGCAUCACCAUCCCAGACGGCAACGAUUCCUGUGGAUUCAGUGAUGCCCCGCCCCCUUACACGGCCAGCAUCACCUCUCCAGCCAAUCAGCAAGUAGAUAGCCUCAGUCAAUCACAGCCAGAGGGAAGCUCAAGUUAGACUUCUCAUUAUAGAAACACAACAAGGGCUGAGCAACAGCUUAAGCCCCUCUAGGUCUUGUUUUUCCAUCUGGACUUAUUUUCUUCUUAAGUAAAUUACACAAAGAAAAAAGAUUUCACAUUGGAGGUGGAUCUUGCUCAUUCUUUUGACGUGAGAGAAUUUGGAUAGUGCACAAUGUGCAGUAUAAAGAAUGAGUCUGGCCUGAUGCCAUCUCCUGGCAGAGUCGAGCACUGCUCUGCCCACGCUGCUGUACCGGUGCUUUCAGUUCACCCAUGCCUUAUGCUCACUUCCUCCAGCAACACCACAGCCAUGCAUAGCCAUGCAGCAGACGCAGCCAUUGAAUAUUUUAAAUAGUCACUUUCACCAUCAUUUCUUUGCAGUAGUGUUGAAGACUAAUGCCAUGAACACGUGUUGCUGCUUGAGGAACUGUAAAUAGGCUAGUGGGUUGAUUGGUGCCAAGCGGAAAGCACGUUUCUCUUAGACAAUGUUGUCCACACAUUUCUUGCUUUUUUAGUUUUCUGUAUCAGUUAAAAGGAUAGUUCAUAUAAAAAUGAAAGAAAAUGUUCAGCCAAAAAUCGAAAACUUACUAAAAAUGUACUCACCCUCAGGCCAUCCGAGAUGUAGAUGAGUUUGUUUCUUCAUCAGAACAGAUUUGGAGGAAUUUAGCAUUACAUUACUUGCUCACCAAUGGAUCCUCUGUAGUGAAUGGGUGCCGUCAGAAUGAGUGCAAACAGCUGAUAAAAACACCAUUUUUCAACUCCAGUCAAUCAAUGUCUUGUAAAUUGAAGAGCUGCAUGAAGUUGAAAAUCCAUCAAGAAGUUUUUAACCUCAAACCAUUGCGCCCAACGGAAAUACAAGUCCUCUGUCCAUAAUAUUGUUUUCUCUGGUGAAAAGUGAAUCAGGAGAGAAAUAUGCACAGAUCAAGCGGCAUUUACAUGCAAAAGCAGUUCUAAAUAAAUACUGUGUUUUUAUCAGCUGUUCAGACUUUAAUUCUGACGGCACCCAUUCACUGCAGAGGAUCCAUUGGUGGGCAGGUGAUAUAAUGCUACAUUUCUCUAAAUCUGUUCUGAUGGAGAAACAAACUGCACAUCUUGGAUGUCCUGAGGGUUAAUAAAUAUUCCGAAAAUGUUUGUUUUUGUAAUGUAAUGUUCUGUCAUCAUUUACUCAACCUCAUGUCAUUUUCUUCCACGGAAGCGGUAAUGUUUGUUAACCAAUAUUCUUCAAAAUAUAAUAUAUUUUUUAUGUUACAGAGCAGGAUUGACACGAGGGUGUGUAAAUGACAGAAUUUGGAUUCUUGGCUGAAGUGUCUCUUUAAAGUAUAGAGGUCUAGCCUCAGGUGUAUUUAUAAACUCAGUUUAUAUGUGAUGACAAUUAAAAAAAGAAAAACAUUUGCCCUGAAGCACUUUUAAUGUGUUGUAAUUGCCUUAAUUCCGUCUGUUGGCAAGUGUCCAAUAUUCCCGAAUCAGCCAGAGCCUGUGUGGAUCGUGUAGCUAAUGGUUAAGACUCGUGUAAAUGUGUGCAGUCCUACUCUGUGUUGUAUCGCUUAUCAGGUUAACUGUAAUACACUGAUGCAUUUGAGAUCACGAUGACCUUAUUAACAACUUCUGCUAACCGAAAUGGACCUUUUCAUGUAUGUGUGUAAGGCAUAUGUUAAGUGUAUGAUGGAUUCAAACCCGUGAAAAAGCACAUAAAGUCAUCUCUGUGCAACUGUCGAUAUAUCAGGUUCACAUAACGGGAUCACUUUUUUGUAUAAAAAAAAAAAAAAAAAAAAGUCCUCAUGAAAGGAUGUGAUCCAGUGUGCUUUUAGAAUGUGUGUGCGUGUGUGUAGUUCUGUUCCCUCCCCCCGACCGCCCCGGUCCUUCACUAUAUCAUUUCAUUUAAUCAUGCAACAUGUAUUCUCAUUUAAACUUAGUACUGUAUAUGCUAUUUUUGUAUUUAUGGAAAAACCCUUUGAAUCUCUUUCAAAAAUAAAGAUCGGUGAAAUGUG